AUGGAGGCAAGGACAGCCCUUGCCGUCGUGAUCGGUUUCUUGUGGGGGGCCAUGGCGGUCAUAGCGCUGCAAGGCAUGUAUGUUGCCAAACAGCUUCCGCAGGAAGCCUCCGAAGCCAUCGAGGAGGCAUGGCGUUGUGGCGUGACAUGCUGGUUCGGAGCGAAUGAUCUCAGAUGUCAGGACAUCUCAUCUGAUGUGUUGAUCAUGACCAUGACGGCAGCUGUGGGAUCGAAACUGCUCCUGUCCUGCGAGCCUCCAGUGCUCUUCUUCUGCCGCAUGCGUCGUGCCGAGCGAACUCAAGAUGUGGGUGACCUGGAGUUCUUUGAUGGUGUGAGGGGUCGGCCUCUCAGUGUCCCGAAGAAUCCUUGCAAGCCCUGCAAGAACUUCUUCAUCGAUCUUGUUUGCACCCUCAACACCAACCGAACAGCAGAGGGCUGUCUUCCGAGCGUGGAUGACAUGAUCUUGUGGAGGCUGGAGGUGCCGACUUCCUACUACCUCGACCUCAAGAAGCGAAGGCGGCGGGAAGCGGAGGAGGUGGAGGAAGAGUCACUUCUAGCCCAGUACUACAACGAUGAGGAUAGUCUUCACGAGUACUGA